CCGGAGAGAGUGGGACAUCAUACAGACUGUCUCAAUAGAUGAUCUCUGUAAGUUUUCAAACACAUGAAGAAGAAAAAAAAAAAGCGAAGAAGAAGAAAAAGUCCAAAUGGAGGAAGCGGAACAUAUAAAAGACUCUGUCCAAACAUGCAUAGACAGUCAUAAAGACCAGCUGUACAGUCUGAGCUUGGACAUCUGGAGCUGUCCUGAACUCUCCGGUGAAGAGACCCACGCACACGACACGCUGGUCCGCUUCUUCUCCACGGACGCUGCGUGGACGGUGGAGGGGUCCUAUAAGCUCCCCACCGCCUUCAGAGCUACCUGGGGUCCGGGUAAGGGUGUGGGAGACGGAGACGAGGUUCCGGUGGUGAACGUGGGGUUCCUGUGUGAGUACGACGCACUGCCGGGGAUAGGACACGCGUGUGGACACAACCUGAUAGCAGAGGUGGGGGCUGCGGCGGCUGUGGGCCUGAAGGGGGCUGUAGAGAAGCACACUGACCUGCCUGUACGAGUAAAGAUAACUGUUCUGGGGACUCCUGCAGAGGAGGAUAUUGGAGGAAAGAUCGACCUGCUGAACGCCGGAGCCUUCGCAGACAUCGAUGUGGUCUUCAUGGCUCAUCCAGCUCAGCAGGAUGCGUCCUUUCUACCCUGUGUAGCACUCGAUGGGCCAAUAGUGAAGUACCACGGUAAGGCGUCUCAUGCUUCUGCGGCCCCCUGGGAAGGCGUCAAUGCCCUGGACGCUGCUGUGUUGGCCUAUAACAACCUGUCUGUACUGAGGCAACAGCUGAAGCCAGAGUGGAGAGUUCAUGGCGUCAUCAAACACGGAGGGCUGAGGCCCUACAUAAUCCCCGCCUACACCGAGUUAGAGUUUUAUCUGCGCACGCCGUUGGUUAAGGACCUCAGUGACCUGAAGGCCAAAGCUGAGGCUUGUUUCAGGGCAGCCGCUACUGCAACUGGUUGCCAAGUGGAGAUAACCUACCCGAACCCUGCCUACUAUAACAUCCUGCCUAAUGACACACUGGCAAAGCUGUAUGAAAAUAAUGGAAAAGCUUUGGGGAUUCAGUUUCCAAAGCAGCCAUCCAAGUUCUCUGGUUCCACAGACUUUGGCAACGUAUCAUUUGUAGUCCCUGGUAUCCAUCCUUUCUUCUACAUCGGCACUGAAGCACCUAACCACACAGAGGAAUACACCGAAGCAGCAGGAGCUGAAAAGGCCCAGUUGUACACCCUGAGGACAGCCAAAGCCCUUGCCAUGACAGCUGUGGAUGUAGUGUGUUGCCCUGAUCUGCUGAGGCGAGUCAGAGAGGACUUCAGUCAGGCCAAAGUGAAACAGGAGAAAUGACUAGAAGGCAGAGAUCCAGUACUGUGAUUAUUAUGGGAACUGAUAGACUUAGCUGCUAGGUUCUAAUUCUAAUAGUUUAUUUAUUUAACCAGGUAAGUUAGUUGAGAACUGAUUCUCAUUUUCAAAAGAGACAAACAACUAAUCACUCUCACAUUUACACUUAUGGGCGAUUUAGAUUAACCAAUUAACCCACUAGAGCAUAAGUGUCAAACAUACGGCCCAUGGGCCAAAAUCGGUCUGCCAUAGGGUUCAAUUCGAAUUUGUGAAAUGCAAAAAUUACUCAAAAUCUUACAAAAAACUGACAAUAUUAACUAUCAGUGAUGUUAAAACCAUUUUAGGGACUGGAAUGAACUAAAUUUACUCUUGAACAUAUAGGAGCCUGAGAUCAUGUGCAUAAUGAGGCACCUUAAACAAUGAGAUGGACCAUGUUUAUACUGAUUGACCUACGUAGGAUUGUAUAAUUGUAUUCUUUAAUGUCAAGGCACUGUUCGCUUGUUGUCUGUUUUGUUCUUUGUAGAGGUUGUUUUAUUUUGUUUUUAUACAUUGCUGUCACUUAGGUUACUGGCUUCAUAUCUUUUCACACACAAAGGCAUGUUAUAUACAUGUAACCUGUGACUGAAAAAAAAAAAAAAACUCAAUAAAAUAAGUAAAAAAAAAAUAAUUUAAGUAC